UUCAAUAUGGCAGCUCCCUGUCCUGUCAAAAUGACAUAGAUUCGAAGCUAGAAGUUGUUAUCUGUGAAACAGGAAGUUGUGUUUGCAAUAUAGACACUAAACAUGGAGAGUGCGACCGAGAGUGCAGAUUCGUCGCCUCGGAUGAACAGAGCCUAUGUUCACAGUCUGCCAUCAGACUACAGUGAUGUCCAGUCAAACAGCUACGAUCCAGAUUUCAUAUCAGAUAUUAGCAACAAGAUGCAAGUGCCAGACCGUAUAGCUCUGGGAGGAGCAUAUAACGGCCAUGUUGGACCCACUGGAAACCCUGCUUCGGAACACAUGAUGGUGCCGGACAGGAUUAUACUGGCAGGAGGAGAUACACACAUCGGCAUGAAGGAGGCGCUUCGACCUCUUGCCUUUGAUCGUGUCCCGGACAGUGAGAGCUUGUCCUAUGUUGGGCUGAUCACCCCACCCAGAACACUGACUCUGGAGGAGAGAUUCCCGACCGUGGAGGAUGUGGAAACACGCAGAGCUAAUACUGAUAUGGUAGCCAAGCCAGAAGCUAAUGGGAUGGGCCCAGUGCCGUACACUCCAGGAGUGUCACCCUACGAGUCGCUGCUCCUCAAUGAAGAAGAUGAAGCCACUCUAUUACGAACCCAAGUUUCUAAACUGACCCGUCGACUGACUGUCAUGGAGCAGGACAACCAGCGGCGAUCUCAGCGCGAAAUUUUUCUGUACCCUGCUGUGUUUGGCUAUCUCCUGUUUCGAGUAUUUUUCUGGUUCAUGAGAAAUAGAUGAAACCAGAUACCUCCUCUCAGACUGACUUUUCAGAUAUAUUACAGGAUGUUAUCUUUUCCUCAAUUAUUUCUUACAGUUCACCUGAGGGAACAUUCUAGUUGAUAUUCUGGGAGAGCCCAGAUAUUAAGGGCCAGAUGUAUUACUCUAGUAAUCUUCAGAAUGACAACUUGUGACAAUGUGUACAAUGUGUACAAUGAUUGAUACCACUGCACACCAUAUCACUACAUGUGUUUAUGAACAUGGCAGGAACUCAUUUAUCCAGGACAUUGCUGUACAUAGUCAUGCUGUUUUCUGUAGCUACUUCCCAUGAAAUACAGGUAUAUCUAACGUGUGACAUCAGUAACUGACAGUACACUAUUGGAACAUCAAGCUAUGGUACAAUGGAACCCUGCUUAUCAGGACGCCUCUUUUCUAGAAUUCAUCCGUUUAACUGAAUAUCUUGAUAUCUGAAUAUGUCUUGAGUUACUUUCAUCACGUUCAUGCCUACGUAGCUUCAGACCACACAUCCGGAACAAAGAAGGGUUGCUUUAUUGUAAUUGUGGUCGUCAGUUAGCACGGUUUCUUGUUUUAGCAUGUUAGAAAACACGAGAAUGUAUGCAAGUUUGGUCUGAAAUUUGGGUUAAGACAUCAGAUGUGAUCUUUAUGACAUGGAAGUCAUAUGCGCAUUGAAGAGGUUGUUGAUUGUCUGGAUGAAUGACCCAGUUUUAUAUGUAAGUAAAACACCAUUUUGGUCACAUAUAUGACUGUUCGGAGUGAAAUAUGACUAUGUUAGCAAUUUUAUGAUAUCCACGUUUUGUUUUCAAUGAAUAGUGUACCAGAGGCUGGUUUUCUCUUUGUCCACAUUAGUGGGGUCCCACUGUAACAUGUUCUUCAGAACUGUUAAGAAUACUGGUCCCUGGUCAAACACCCAAACCCUAAAAACCAAUCUCUGUUCUUUAUUUCAAUCUAAUGGUACUACUGGGUGAUGUCCUGGGACCUGUGAAAUAUUCUAUCAUUAUGCAGGUUACAGAGUUCACUGACAGGCUACUACACUGACCAACUGACAUCUACAUCAUAUAGGGGAGGUGAGGUGAAAUUGGGUUUAACGUCGCGUCCAAGAUUAUUGCACUUGUAUAGCGACGUUCAUGCACGUGUGUGUGUGGCUGCUUGUACUAGUCCGGACUGAUGCAAAUUUAUAGUGCUA